GCGGAAACGGAACCGGCCAUCCAUCCCACCUUGGAUGCGCCCGCUGCUUCUGACUCGAUCCCCACCCCCGCGACUUCCAACGCUGUGAUGUUUCGAAUUGCCCGCUUUCUGCGUGGGAUUCGGAGCAUCAGCAUCAUGGCGACCACGGCAGAGACUCCCGUUAGCGCCGCGACUGCUGCCACCGCUGCCACCGCUGCCACCGCGGCGACUACAGCGACCACGGCAGCCGGAGCAACCGAAACGGCCCCGCCAACAACCGCCACGACUCCCGCCGCAACAGCCCUUCCGCGCGUUCCCAUCCCGCCCCGCGGCGUCGACUACCGCGGGAAGCUAGUUCUCGCGCCCAUGGUGCGAUCGGGCGAAUUACCCUCACGCCUUCUCGCACUGCACUACGGCGCCGACUUGGUCUGGGGCCCCGAAACAGUCGACCAUUCCCUCAUCGGCGCGACCCGCCGCGUCAACCCGCGCACCGGCAUGAUCGAAUACACACGGCAGCCUUCCCACGCCUACAGCCCGGCCAACAGCGCCGCCAGGAACAACAGCAACGACAGCAACGACAACGACAAUAACGAAGCCGGCGCCGCCGAGUCCGUCAUCUACCGCCUCGACCCGGAGCGCGAGAAGGGCAAGCUCGUCUUCCAGCUGGGCACGUCGGACGCGGAGCGGGCCGUGGCCGCCGCGCGCGUGGUGGCGGCCGACGUCGCCGGCAUCGACGUCAACGCCGGCUGCCCCAAGCCGUUCAGCAUGCUGGGCGGCAUGGGCGCGGCGCUGCUGCGCGCGCCCGAGAAGCUGGCCGGCAUCCUCGAGGCGCUGGCGCGCGACAUCACGCCGGCCUUCGGCAUCGGCAUCAGCGUCAAGAUCCGCCUGCUCGAGACGCCCGCCGAGACCGAGGCGCUCGUCCGCCGCCUCGUCCGCACCGGCAUCACCGGCCUGACCGUCCACUGCCGCACCACGCCCAUGCGGCCCCGCGAGCGCGCCGUCCGCGGCCAGCUGGCCAUGAUCCGCCGCGUCUGCCACGAGGCCGGCGUCGCCUGCCUCAUGAACGGCGACGUCGAGAGCCGCGACCACGCCGACCUGCUGGUGCGCGAGUUCGGCGUCGACGGCGCCAUGAUCGCCACCGCCGCCGAGAAGAACCCGAGCUGCUUCCGCAGCCGCGCCGACGGCGGUCUGGCCGCCUGGCCCGAGGUCGCCCGCCGCUACCUGCGCUUCGCCAUGGAGGUCGAGAACCGCGCCGCCAACACAAAGUACCUGCUCGCCCAGAUCAUCCCCGGCAAGGCCCUCGCCUACCGCGACGUGCAGCGCGGCCGCUCCUACUCCGACUUUGCCCAGGCUCUCGAGUGCGACGAGGAGAUGCGGGCGAUGGCGCGCGAGGCCGACCGGGUGCUCGGGCUCGGCGAAUUCGAGCCCAAGCGGGGCCCCAAGCAGAAGAACAAGCAGCAGCAGAAGGGCCAGCAGGGCGAGCAGCCGAGUGGGCAGCAGCAAGAGUCCAAGAAGCGGAAGAGGGGCCAAGAUGAAGAAGAAGAAAGAGAAGGAGGAGAAGGAGGAGGAGAAGGGGGAGAACAACAAGCGAAGGCCAAAGACGAAUCCGCAAAGAGGCCAGAAGUGGCGGCUGAGCCCGCGCCUGUUGCCGCGCCGGCAGCUAUCGCGGUCUAAAGAAGCAUUUUCACGGCGUGGCAUGUAUGAUGAUAUCCUGGCGUGCUAGACGGACAAACAAAAACAUAGAAACAAACCAAACGAGCACAUAGUUCGGGAUCCGACAUAGUUCGUUCUUUCUUUCUUGUAGGGCUGAGGACGGCUCAGGAGAAUAAAAAUA